UGCAAUCAAUACGUAAGAUCUUAGAGAUGUGGCCAUUCAGUAGAAAAGGAGAUUCUGGGUUUUCAUCAUCUUCCACAGCAGAAGAAGUUACUCUUGGAAUCCAUGCUAGUGCUCUCACUGCAAUUGUCACAGGUGCAUCAAGCGGUAUAGGUGCAGAGACAGCUCGUGUUCUUGCAUUGCGUGGAGUGCAUGUGAUAAUGGGAGUGAUUGAUAUGAUGGAUGCUUAUAAUGUUAAGGAUUCGAUACUUAAACAAAUUCCCACUGCUAAACUCGAUGUCAUGAAGUUGGAUCUAAGUUCAAUGGCUUCUGUUCAUCAUUUUGUAGAUGACUUUAAUUCAACUGCUCUUCCAUUGAAUAUUUUGAUAAACAAUGCAGGGAUUUGUGCAUGUCCUUUCAUGCUAUCCAAGGACAACAUUGAACUUCAAUUUGCUAUAAAUUAUUUAGGUCAUUUUCUUCUAACAAAUCUGUUGUUGGAAAAUAUGAAGAAAACAGCAAGAGAAAGUAAGAUUCAAGGAAGAAUUGUCAAUGUCUCCUCCAUGGGUCAUAGAUUUACUUAUCCUAAUGGAAUCCUUUUUGACAAACUUAAUGAUCCAUCAAGCUACAACAAUUGGCGUGCGUAUGGACAAUCAAAGCUUGCAAACAUUUUACAUGCCAAUGAACUUGCAAGACGUUUCAAGGUUCUACCACAUUAAAUUUUUCAUUCUAU